AUGGAGGAUGAAGCCGCUCGUGACUUAUUUGCGCGCGCGUGGGGAUUCCACAUCACUGCCAUUAACCCUGAGCCGAGUACGGCUAUGCCUCAGGGCGAGGGUAAUACCCUCAGUGUAGAUCCCCUGAGCAUAGAAAUGACAUUCCUGCGGCUUUCACAAAUUGUCAACCGCUGCCAGCGCCACAAGUGCAAUACCACAUACUGCUUGCGCAUGAGAAAGAGAACUGGCGACCUUGCAAGAGAUAUGGAAGGGGCUGCUGCAGAUAUCGAGGCUGCCAAUGCGGCCAAUCCAGAGAGGGAGUGUCGUUUUGACUUCCCUCGUGCCUUGCGGGAGCUGGCCGCAGUCAUCAGGAAGGAAGGCAAGUCGUACUACGUCUUCGAGGCGGCCCGGAAUGACAACCUCAUGAACCACUUCAAUCCUGCCAUUAUCCUAGGCUGGCUAGCCAAUAUCGACAUAUAUCCUUGCACCAGCUUACAGGCGGUUAUUACGUACGCUGCGAAGUAUUGCAGCAAAUCUGAGAAGAAGACUGAGCCUCACUGCAAGCUUGCAGAUCAGGUCUUGCCGCAUACAGCGCACUUCCAGUCCUUAUUAUCCUUCUCCUCUCGCCUAAUGAAUAAGCUGAUUGCCGAGCGAGAUUACUCAGCGCAGGAGAUUUCCCACCUUCUGCUUAAUAUCCCUCUGCAGGAAGGCACGCGGAUGGUCGUCUCCGUGGACUGCCGUCCGUUGGAGCAACAUGCGCGUUCGUACCGCGUCGACGAAGAUGUCAAUGAGACUAUCGGCAGCUACAGGAAAUACUUGGAGAGAAAUGACCAGCAUAGAGAUGUAACUUACCUCGAGUACCUGCAAUCGUACAAUCUCAAGACGUGGAGGAGACUCGCUGCUAACGCGAAAGGAAGGUUUAACGACUUCUGCCGCGUUAAAAUGAUGAUGGCUCAUCCACAUCACUCUCCAGAAGAGUUGCUCAUUGUGGGCGGGCGGCGGUUCGAUUCCUUCGCGGCUGCGUACAAGUGCUGCGGAGAGCGCCACGCCACACUUGCGGAUGAUCAUUAUGGGGAGCCAGACACAAAUGAAUUGAGGGCAGAGGACGAUGAAUUUGAGCUUGAGCUUCACGAAGAGCCCAUCGCAGAGGAGGACUGGCAUGAACUCGCCCGCAUGUUACCUGACCGGCCGCUGGAGGAAGAGGAUAUUGACAUACUCGGCCGCCGAGAUAUCGACAUCAAUUAUGAUUGGACCCCCCACGUUGGACGGUAUACCGAUGAUGGUAUUCUCAGCGGCAACUACUGGAAGCAACGCAAAGCGGAAACACCCCCUGACCUUGAUCUUGGUUGA